UUUCUUAUAAAUUCGAAAAUACCGAAGUUCUGGAGCCAUUACCGGUUUCCACCGGCAACGGCCAGAUCCGGUACCGAACACCAUCCUCAGCCGAGCUCCUCGAGUCCGGUUCAAACAUAGGCCCAUUAUCUCCGUCCGGAAACGGCACAGACGAUCACCCCGAAAAGAUGAUCAAGCGUUCAAUGGCUAGCCAUAAGUCCAUCUCCGACAAGAUCCAUAAGUACCGAGGCGUUUUGCUGGUCAUAUCCAUCCCUGUCGUGCUUAUAACCUUUGUGUUAAACGUCUUUCCGGGGAAAUCGGCGUGUGAUGUAGCCGUGAUGGAGGAGAUCGAAUUAAAUAGAAGGAGAGUAGGGGCGAAUUCCAGAGGGAAUAGGAAUUAUGCUUUGAUUUUUGAUGCGGGGAGUUCAGGAAGUCGAUUUCAUGUUUAUUGUUUUGAUCAGAAUUUGGAUCUUGUUCCAAUUGGCUCUGAUUUAGAGCUUUUUGAACAGCUUAAACCGGGAUUGAGCUACUAUGCAAAAGAUCCGCAGGCUGCGGUCAAUUCAUUAAGUAGUCUUCUUGACAAGGCAGAAAGUGUUGUGCCAAUGGAUUUGCGAUCAAAGACCCCAGUCAGAGUUGGGGCAACCGCUGGUCUGAGGGCUCUAGGAGGAUACACAUCUGAUAAAAUUUUGCAAUCAGUUAUUAAACUGUUGAAAAGUAGAAGCACCCUUAAAUCCGAGGCAAAUGGGGUCAAAAUUCUAGACGGCUCUCAAGUAGGUUCUUAUGAGUGGGUAACAAUAAAUUACCUAUUAGGGAAUUUGGGAAGGACAUAUCAAAACACGGUUGGGAUAGUUGAUCUUGGCGGUGGAUCUGUUCAAAUGGCGUAUGCCAUCUCAGAGAGUGCUGCUUCAAGGGCUCUAAGUGUACCAGUUGGACAGGACAAUUAUGUAAAUGAAAUGCAUCUGAAAGGAUCGAAAUAUCAUCUUUAUAUUCACAGGUGUCCUCAUUUUGACAAAUUAUGA